CGCUCCUGCCGGACUGUGUGGAAGUUUCCCUGCAACUUGAGAAAGACAAGGGUUGCUGCGAGUGGAGCAGUACAAGUUACUGGGAGAAGGAAAACACAAGAGACCAAAAUUUGGGAUGUAGGCGAUUUUUUCCCCAAGUUUGCUGUCAAGGUAAACAGUUUACUCUAAAACUGAUAUUUUUUGGUUGACCUCGCUGGAGACGUGGAGCCGUCAGCUUUAGGUAAGUGAAACAACUUGAUUGAGUUGUCCUGAAUCACACACGGAAGAAUGGGUUGAACGUAUUUUGCACAAAACUGUGUUGAGUCUUAUAAAAUGUCUGAAAAAAUCAGGGUUAGUGUAGUGUGCGAACAACGAAAAUGCGAAAUACCGUGAUUUCUUUGUAAUAUCAGGAGAAAUAUAGCGACGUUAAUUUGGCUUUUUUUUAAAUUGACGUAAAACUUUUUCUCUUGAUUUUUAAACUUUUAUUUCGCCUCCUUACUUUUGACCAACAAGAUGAAUCCAAUGAUUUGUCGCUCGUGGAGAUACAGAUCUUUUUGAAUGAUGGAGGCUGAGGUCAUCACGAGCGUCAGUUUUUGCAGCGCGCUCGUGCGGUGCUGGUUGGAACAGCAUUGCAGUCCCUCACAGGCCCCCCUAAAGUUGUGAUUGAUCAUGAGAUCACAAGGGAGGGCGAGAGGAUGUUUUCCUGGCCAAGUACUAAGUCAGGUUCUGAUUAAAGACUUUCCCCUCCAAGCAGACACCUGAAACCUCUGACUCAUUUCUAAUUGCAAUACUGAUCCUUCUUAAACUUGCUCCUGCAAGUGUAUGUAGUCAGUUUUCAGGAGUGAGUCUCCUAAACCGAUGGGGGAAUAGUCAAAGUCAUGAUUUCUGAAGCUUCAGACCCUUCUGUUUUUCAGCUUUGUGGUUAAGAUCUCCCCUUGGUGUCUCCAUGUAUUUUAAUUAGAAGGGAGAGGGUGCAGGUCGAAGGCAUGUGUGCAUUCAGUGAGGUGAAUCUGGACAGGAUGAGACAAGCUGUUCAAAGCGAGGAGGAGAGCUCAGCAUGCCCAGUUUGUACUUUCCCCCAAACACCUUGAACUUCGCUGGAAAGUUGAACAAGAGGUUAGAUUUUAGUUGUAGCUACUUGUUACGUCAACUCGUGCAGCAGAGUCAUGCUAAUUAAAGGAGAAGCAGGGCCAGGUGUCAAACAGGCACAGGUGAGGUCAUGGGCCAUGGUGAAGGCGACCUGAAUGGACUGAUCUAACAAGUCAAGGCAGCAAUCACUUCCUGUUUCUUUGUCAUUCAAUAACAUCUGAGAUAAGAUUUUUUUGUUGUUUUCUUGUUUCCCAGGCUGGAAAAAUCGAUCGACCUUUGAACUGGAGUUGCUGUAAACUGGAAAAGUUGUCAUAAACUGAGUGAGCUCAGGCUCUUCACCCACUCUCACCCAUCCCUCUAACACCCACACUGCCUCUAUGCUCAUCAACCUGAGUGUCGCCUUCAAGGAACCCCGUGCCUUUCAUGGAACACAGCCUGAACCCACUGCUGUGGAAGUGACAGCCAUGGAUUCGCGUCCAGUGCUGCUCGCUCCCCCACCUCCUCCCCUGGCACCUCCACCACCCCCUCCACCGCCCCCACCUCCCCCUCCUCCCCCACCCCCACCCGGGUCCUCGUCCUCCUCACCUUUUAGCCGCGCAGACAGCGCGCGCCGCAGCCGGCUGAGAAAGCUAAACUGGGAACGUAUCCCCAAAGAGAAGGUGGAGGGCAGGAAGAGUGUGUGGAGUGGGGCAGGGCCAGGUGAGGACGAGUUCCCAAUAGACCUCCACUCUCUGGACGAGCUGUUUGGACAGAAGGACAGUAAACCUCAGGACAGAACGAGCACGCUAAGACGCAGGUCUGCACUCCUGCGCUGCAGAUCCCCACAGGACAGCCCAGAAGAGGUCAGAUCAGAGGGAUGACUGAUGUUUUUCAAAAAUGUUUGAGUUCAGUGAAAUUUUGAAUAUUUUCCUCCCUCCUAAUCAUUUGCUUUUCCUCUUAACAGAUCUCACUGCUGGACUCAAAACGCAGCAUGAACAUUGGAAUAUUUCUACGCCAGUUCAAAAUGUAAGCUAAGUUAUACUUUUAUUGCACUCCAACAAGUUUGUUCUAGUCAUUUUUAAGGCAAACAUGUCAAAUUAAGUAAUGAAUGUCCUGUUCUGUAGUAUCUUAAAACUGAAUAUCUAGGGUUCACGCUGUGAUUGACAGAUAUCAAAUUGGCUUUUACCAAAUUUUGAUUGUCAUUACCUCUACAAUCCAUUAAAAAACUUUAUACUAGGAUGAGAAAUUGCACAAUAAUCACAAUACACAUCAGUGACAGUCUGUCCUGAACAGCCCCAGCUUAGAGCUUUUUGUCUGCUUUUCCUUGGGGUCACUAUCAGUCAAAACUGAAAGUAGUUUUAAGAGCGGGAAACAGAAGCGUUUACAAGUGUGCCCAGGGGAACAGUUCUUGAGUUGAGCAGUCGUUGAGCUCUCUCAAUGGGUGGGAGUCUGAGUGUGCAGGUUGUGUCAAAAGUGUGAACUCGUCAAAAGAGUGACAGAGAGAGAGGGAGGAAGCCAGGGAGGAAGAGGGGGGACUAGCUACUGCAGGAGGACAGGUGCAUGGGAGGGUGCAGCCUGAGCAGCUGGGGUCUUGGAGGAGGAAAGUGUCUUAGUUAAGCACUGAGAGUCAAAGUGGACACCUGCUGGUGCCCUUAAAGAGUGUCAAAUGUUAAAGUCACCCCCUGCAGAGAAGGACCCUGCAGGCGGCUUGUCAUAUUCAUCCUGCCACUAAAGCCUGUUUAGCAUGUUUGCCUGGAUCGAACAAAGCUGCACCUCUCGUAGUGAAUAAACUCGUGACACUAAUCGUUAAAACACACCUAGAUACAGAGCACUGUGAUUAAUGUUUUGAUCUUGUUGUUAAUGACAUCUGUACUGUAGCGAGUAGAAAUGAUUACUUGAAAAGGUGCAUAAUUGCUUUUAUUUCAUGUCUCUACCUGUUUGUGGAGUGUUCACUUGACUGUGCGCCUCUCAACUGCAUGGUGACUCUGCUCUGGAAUAGAUUUGUCAGGACUUGUAGGAAAAGCCAUUAUGUGGAAAGAGCCUCUUAUACACACAAACAUCUGUCUUGUGUAGAGCUUAUUUUCACUUUAGCUUUCUGGAGCUGAAUUGUGGGUGUACUUUAUACAAAUCUGGUUUUGUAUCUGUGUCUAAGGAGUCUCCUAAAUCUCUUUUUUUUUAUUAUGUGAUCUGUUUACAUUGCAGUCUGCGUUUUGUUUUCAGAGGAACUAGUCUGGACAGAUCACAAAACGCGUGUUAAACGCGCUCGUUUUCAAAAGAAGUUCUUCACUAGAUUUCUACGUGGGUACAUCCUGAGCUUUUGGUGCCAAAAAAUUUGUCUACAGGUGUGAUUAUCGAGCUUUGAAUGAGGACAUAAUGCUGCAGAAUAAAAACCACACACAGUGGCAUGCAUGUAAUGGAGGAUGUGUGCACUUGCACUGGUUUGUAAGAUGAAGAAGGGGGUGGGAUGAUAAUGGAAAACUGCUGGAAUAGAGGACAGAUGUGUCACUGAGGAAAUAAGUCAAGGGUCAGAAAGUCAAGCAAUUCAAUUUCUGGUCUUUCAACUUGACAUCAUGAGGCCUGGUAGACAUCUUCUCUAGAUUUCUGCUUUUGUUUACCUGCUCGCCUACAGUUUGGCGUCAACCAAGCCGCUCUCCCCCGGCACUCAGACUGAUAAGAACAGGAUGUGUCGAAAUAUUGGGUGAUCAAAGUGAAACUAAAAGCUGAUACUGCCAUAAGAGGGAGUUUAGGGGGGUUUCCUGCACAGACUGAAAACCUCAAGUUGAAAAUGGUGUCACACUGAAAAUGUCCCUUUUUUUCCACAGGCCUGCUAAAGAGAUAGUGGAGGACAUCAGGCAGGGUGCAGGGGACCGUUACGGUGCAGAGAAACUCUCAGAGCUCUGCAAAUUGCUCCCUGACAAUGAGGAGGUAAAGUGCCUUUUUUGGCAUACAAAUACUGCAGGAACCCACCCCCACCCCCACCCCCUCAUCUUGUAUCAUCUGGCUCUAGUUAAGAUGAUCAAGAGUCUGCCAUUACACCAUGUCGUGUGAUGUGGUCUGUUUCCGAAGAAGGCCCACGCUGAGAGAUAUUGGAAUUGACUGUUGACGACAUGUUGGUUUUUAGUGUGCCAGAUUGUUUUUCAACUGAGGCUGCUCUCCGGAUUUUACCCAGCAUCUGUUCUCUCUCAGGAGUCCCGCCUGAGGAGGUUCAGCGGGGAGCGGAGCUGGCUUGGGGAGCCUGAUCUUUUUAUUCUGCUGGUGGUGGAAGUCCCCAGGUAAACCCCUAACUCUACAUUGCAUAAUUAAGAAACUCAAGUACUUUCCCUAUACUUUAACUUUCAGUUUAUUAGACUCAAAACUGUUUUUCACUUUAACUGUUAUUUGCCACUUGUCCUGCAACACGUCCUUCACUUUGUGAUGACAUGUGCUUGUUUAACCAAUGAUUGAUCGCGAGUGCCUUUUGGUCUCCACCACCACUCAACUCCCGCUCAUUCAUCCAUCCGUCCCUCUCUUUCCUCUUCCAUUAGCUUUCGGUUACGUCUGGAUGCCAUGAUCCUGCAACAAGAGUUUGACCCUGCCAUGACCUCUCUGUGUGUGGCGGCCAGAUGUCUGAGGGAGGCAGCCAGAGGUAAAGUUAACAACAGGGAGUCAUGUAUCCCACCACAAUGAAGAGCUAGACCCUGGCCCUUAAAAAUGCCCCUACUUUGAAUCUGUGUGGGCAGAAAAGUCAGCAUUUAAAAGACCUAUUUAACUUCAGCUUGAGUGUGUUUAAAGCACAUUUCCCACUUACUUUUGUCUGCUGUUUCAUAUUUAUUCUCAUUAUUCCUCAAACGUUUAAUAUUAAAUCACUGUUUUUGACUCCUACAGAACUUUUAAGCUGUCCCGAAUUACACUCCAUCCUGCGUUUGGUGCUGAAAGCAGGAAACUACAUGAAUGCUGUAAGUGCUCCUUUAUUUUAUCCAUUACGUUUUUCUUUUCUUCAUCCUCACAAAGCAGAAUUAGUCCUUUCAUCCAUGUACAAUGCACCCUUGGCCAUGGGGUCUAGGUGUGUGCCCAGGUGCAUCACUCUGACGGUGCACCUGGAUUUUCUGUUAUUGUUUGUUUAAAGUUGUCACAUGUUGUCUGUGUGUCUGACCUCGUGUGCUGUUUCUCAGGGGGGGUACUCAGGGAAUGCUGCUGGUUUCCGAAUUUCAUCGCUGCUCAAACUGGCGGACACCAAAGCCAACAAGCCAGGCAUGAACCUGCUGCAUUUUGUUGCAAUGGUAAGUGUAGAAUAAAAUCCAGCGAUACACUCUUUACUUCCACUUUAGGAAAUUACUUUUUUGCAAGAAUCAUUAGUUUCUGACCCCAGAGUUUUCAGACAACAGUAGCCUUUUAAGCCCUGCAGGCCAGACUGCUUCACAGAGCAUAUGAUUUUGUCAACAUUUGUUCUUCUUCUGAAACAAUAGCUGGAUAAUCAUUUGUGUUUGUCUCCACAGGAAGCUGUGAAAAAGGACCAGAGUUUACUGUCAUUUCCCAGCCAACUAGGCCAUGUUGGCUCCGCCUCUAGGUCAGUCUGUUCCCAAACCUCAUCAGAUCCUACCCUGACCAUGCAAGAAUAAAAAAGUCCAGCUAAAUAACACCAACGCACCCAAUAUGCUGUAUUGUAAAUCUGUUGCACUCAUGUAUCAGACUAAAGGCGCCCAGCUGUUAGCAAUAGCUAGCUGCCUGAAUGGAACUGGGUCAUGACAACAUUGAUACUUGGAGCCAAAAUUUCAGCUCAGCUGGAGAGUUUUUCUGCUAAGGGCUAAGGGAUGGUCAUCUGUAUUCUGCUGUGAAAAAUAAUGAAUAUCAUGCAAGCAGUGCAGCUCUUAUUUUUUGUGUUAAGAUCAUUAUUGAAAGACCCUUUCCUGCUCAACUAUUUGGAUCAUUAACAUUCAUUUAGUGAAAAUGUUUUUUAAGCCAUGUUGAAUAACCUUUUUUGUAGAGAACUCAUCCCAAUGCUUUCUUUUUUCCUGCAGAUUAUCAGAGGAGUCAGUGCUGGAGGACUUAUCCAAGUUAAAGAGCAGAGUGGUGACCCUAAAGGCAAACAUCCAGACUGAGGAGGAGAUCCAGCAGCACACACUAACUUUCUUAGAGGUAUAACACAUUCAACAGCCCAUUAAGUUUCAAAACUUAAUCUUGCCUCUAUUUGUUUUUGUGCAAAACGAGCACGAGCAGAAGACCGAUUUCUUUGUGUCUGUAUCUGUGUGCAGAUGGCUGAGGAACGUUUGAAGGAGGCAGAGGAUGAAGUAGAAGGUAUGAGGAUGUCAAGUCAGGCACUUGUGGAGUUCUUCUGUGAAGAUGACAGCACGUUUAAACUAGAGGAAGCCUGCAGGGUCUUCCAUUCGUUCUGCCAUCGCUUCCAGAGAGCUGUCCAGGUAAGCUUAUACAUGACAGAAAUGCAGUUACAUCACGAGCAUUUUCCCUAAAAGGCCAGAGAUACAGAUCUGAUCAUCAUAGUCAGUCAAAAAGUGAAUGAUUCUGUGUGUCUUUUGUGCAGGAAAAUGCAGAGCGGGAGCUGAAGGAACGGAAACGUUUAGAGCGUCAACGUGAAAUCGGAGAAAAGCGUCGCUCUCUGGCUGUUUGUACUGGGCUGGACCUAAACAUCAGCCUCGCCAGAGAGCCUCAAAGUCAGGAGAACCAGGACGAAUUGGAAAAACUUUUAGAGAAGAACUUGAGCUACACUUGGAGUCGACGUAGCCUGAGGAGCUCCGACUCCCGCAGACUUUCCCAGAACAUUCCCAAUGACACCCAUUUCCAAAACUCAUCCAUGCUGAAGAGCUUCCCUGAGCUUGGCAGCAGCCCAACGUCCACCAGCUAUCACUCCAACAGCUCAUCUGAUCAUGAAACCUCCACUGGGCUUUGUAGCUCCCCCGAGACUGAGGAUAUUUGUUCCCCUAUUGACAGAGAACCUGUUUUGAGUAGGAGAUGCAGAUCACAGUACAGCAAAGCAACAAAUCGGAGCAAACAUUUGAUGCAGGACUCAAGUGCUGCUCCAUUUAGUUGCUCUCAGCUUGGGAGUGGAUACACUGUCAAGCAACAUGGACCUGAGAGCAGUUUGUAUGUUCUGCAAGGCCAAACAAAAGCAGCAACACUUGAAGAAGAGGCAGAAGUUUCACAUGAACACUUAGUUUCAAUGACCACUGAGUCUUCACCCAGCUCCAACUCUGCUGAUACUCCCCCUGAUACAUCUGCACUGUGCGUUAAAAGUCAGGCCUCAUCUCGCAGACAUAAGUUUGGCUUACCAGCUGCAGACAAUACUCGCUCUAUUCAAAGUAAAUCGAAUGGCUCUUGUUCUGAGGGGUCUUUACCUUGUUCUCCCCACACAAAGGAAGUAGUUUCUCAAAAUAACACAAACACUGGGUUGUUACGGCACCAAAAAACCGAGAGCCAAUCACAUUCAUCUGUAAAUGCACCAGAGAGGGUCCAGUCACAACCACAUGCGAGUGAGACUCCCACAAUGACAACUAAAGAGAUUUCAUCCCUUGAUUCCAGUUUAACAAAGCAAUCAAACGCUGACGUGGUGUCCGCGCCUGUUGAGGAGAACUGGAUGCCCUCCAGUCUGCCAGAGUUCAGCCAAUCACAGCCAGAGGAGUUCUGCGACCUGCCAAGUCCUGAAAGGGAGGCGGCACAGCCGUACUCCAGAGUGGGUGAAUCAUUGGAGUGCCACACUCUGGUGAAAGGCCUCAGAUCCUACGACACCUUGUCACCCCCCACCUCCCCACUCCCACGACCCGCACCCAGCCUCUGCUCCAAGUGGAGGAAAGAGAGGGAGGUUGACCUCCGAGAGGGGGUAACCCCAGGGUCCCCCACAUCAAAAGAGGAGCCUCGAGCUGUGAAGACCCCUGUGCGAAGUGGAAUCGGGGCCAAAAGGGGGCUUGUGUCACGUGCGGGACCUUCCAACAGCACGGGCAUUCCCAGAGUGCGCUCUAAAACUGAGCCUACAAAUGGAGUCCCCACCUCUACAAACCCAUCUACACCCAGUCGAUUGACUUCUCCUCGCAACACAUCAAUGCGCUCCUCAGCUGUCACCCGUCCUGCUGCUGUUCAGACGGAAGCGAGACGCAGUCACAGCACACGGGAAAAGACUCUUUGUGACCAACAGACACCAGGAAAGCCCGCGUUAACUCGCAGGACCUCAGAUAGAUCCGUAUCAGAGAAAAUCUCAUGCAGCGCCCAACCAGCCUUUGUCAGGGGGACUCCUGCCCGGGUGUCCAAACGUCUUGCUCCAAAGUCUGAGACUCAGGAGCCUUCACAAUCUCGCACUGCUCACAGCCCGUCCUCCACCACAGCAAAGACAAUACGCACUGCUGUCAUAUCUGCUGCCCGAACUAAAACUACCAAGACAACGAGCACAAGCACCUCUCCUGCAAGCUCUAAGAUCCCCACAGCUUCCAGGAUUCCUGGUCCCAAAAUGCCUCGAGCUGCAGCAUCUCAGCCACUGUGGAGGUGAUGCAAGAAAAUAAGUGCCUUUACUGUGCAGUGUUUUCUCACUUUAAUGCCUUUAUGGAUUUCAGUCUUAAUUUCAGUCUGAAUAUUCAUGAGGAGAGUGAGUCAUCAGUCAGAUUUCUGUUCUACUUAACUCAGCUUUUAUCAAAUUUGCAUGUAUUUCUGGGUGCUUGGGUUUGAACAUGCGAGGGAGCUGCACUUGAAGCAAUACCAGGCAUUUCAUCUCAUUUGCUUCAUCUCUCAUUGGAUGCUGCAAAUUCUACCUCCUUUUUUUUAAGCAAAUGUGUCCUCUGCAGGCGAGAGGACACCACAAGAAGCCCCGCAUUUUAGUCAAUAUUCAUAUGUAUUACUGGUUUACUCUGAACUCUCAUCAGUUUAUCUCAGCCGAGUGGCAGCGCUUUGUGUCCAGACCAGACAAGUGCGCUCUGAAAGAAUUGGACAUUGUUUCAAUCUCUCUUGUGGUAAUAAAGGAAGGUUUUAUGUUAGAGAUUGCCCAAAUGUUUUGCAUACUGUGAACCUCCCCCCUCUUUGAAGGUGAUGAUUGUGUUUUCUCACAGUCCAACCUGAACUUGGUACAAUAUUAAACUGAGAGGUCUCGUUGUUCUGAUGCACUUUACAAACUGAAGAAGAGACCGCAAGGUGAUCAUUUCUGUAAUUUUGUUAUUUUAUGUGAAAAGAUUCUAUAACUUUAUUGAAUAGCAGCAGUUGUUAUUCACUUUAUUAUGUGGAUUUGUAAAAAAAAAAAAAAAAAAGAGAGAGAGAAGAUAAUAAAGAUGGUAAACUGGA